CUGGCAGUGAAUGUGUGUGAUGGCGUCUGCGGUGGAGAGAACAGAUGAUCUGGUGAGAGAGUACCUGAUCUACCGAGGCUUCACCAGCACACUCAAACACCUGGACUCCGAGAUCAAAACAGACAAGGAGAAGGGCUUCAGGGUGGAUAAGAUCAUGGAUCAGCUGCAGCUGCUCAUCCAGAGCUGUGAUCUGACCGGACUGAAGGAGUACUGGGCCAACCUGGAGCGCCGGCUCUUCUGCAGGCUGGAGGACGUUUACAAGCCCACCGUCAGCAAACUGAGGACCAGCCUGUACCGCUUCUACCUCAUACACACUGUUCAGGUGAAGAACGUGGAGAAGACGCAGGAGUUCUUCCAGAAGCAGGCGCUGGAGCUGCAGGCUCAGGCUGAGUGGCGCGACUGGUUCUCUCUGCCCUUCAUUCCGGCUCCAGAGCAGAAUCCCAGUUUCUCUGCGUAUUUCUCCCGCCAGUGGGCCGACACCUUCCUGGUGUCCCUGCACAACUUCCUCAGUGUGCUGUUCCAGUGCAUGCCUCUUCCUGCGCUGCUGAGUUUCGACAGUGAAGUUCAGAGGAUCACCAGCCUGCAAGAGGACAACGAACAACUCCGACAGACGGUGUUCGCUCUUCAGGGUGAGUCUCGACUGAAGAAAGACGAGCAGAUGGUGCAUCAUAAACUCCCUCCAUACGUGCAGCACAUGGACCGACUGGGAGACACUGAGCUAGAUCUGGUGUCCAGUCAGAGGAACGUCAACAUGGCCACUCCAUCCAGAAACUUCUUUUCCACUUUCCUGCCUCAGGGCCGCCGGGCUCCUGGCAGAACUGCCCCGGGGCCACAGUCGUCCCCCACACAGAGCGCACUCGGGCGGAAGGACGCCGCCGCUUCCAUGCAGUCUUCGAAAGCAAAAGAUAAAGAGGUGAAGCCGCCCAGUGUUUCCAGCAUGACGGCAGAGUUGUCCACGUCUCAUCCUCGACAGAGACGGCAUCAAGACCACGAGAAGGAGAGGAAAGAGCUGUUCUCCAAACACGCCGCGCAGGGUUCAGAGAAGAAAACUGAUUCAGAUCCAGACACUCAGACCGAAGCUCCUCCUGAUCAAACAGACUCAGCCAAUCAGACGCGAGUGUGUGAUGUGGGCGGAGCCGGAGCAGAGCAGCCCUUUAUAAAGCUGAGUCAGGAAGAGUACGGAGAGCAUCACUCCUCCAUCAUGCACUGCAGGGUGGACUGCUCCGGCAGACGGGUGGCCAGUCUAGAUGUGGAUGGGGUGGUGAAGGUUUGGGCCUUCAAUCCCAUCAUGCAAACCAAAGCCACUAUCAUGUCCAAAUCUCCUCUGCUGUCUCUGGAAUGGGCGGCAAAACCUGACAGACUGUUGUUGCUAGGCAGUGGCGUCGGCACAGUGAAGCUUUAUGACACGGAUGCCAAAAAGUGCCUCUAUGAGAUGACCAUAGAUGACGUUCACCCACGGAUCCUGUCUCUGGCCUGUAGCCCGAGUGGGACGUCGUUCGUUUGCUCCGCCGCAGCUCAUUCUGGUGCGGUGAUGGAGAGCGAACCUCGAGGAUCUGCUCCUGUUUCUGGCCAGUUACUGCUCUGGGACACCAAGACUGUCAAACAGCAGCUGCAGUUUGCGUUAGAGCCGGGUCCAGUAGCGAUAAACUGCACAGCGUUUAACCACAACGGAAACCUGCUGGUGACGGGAGCGGCAGAUGGGAUCAUUCGACUGUUCGAUAUGCAGCGCUAUGAGAGCGCGUUGAGCUGGAAGGCUCAUGAUGGUGAAGUGUACAGCGUGGAGUUCAGCUAUGAUGAAAACACCGUCUUCAGCAUCGGAGAGGACGGAAAGUUUGUUCAGUGGAAUAUCCACCGCUGUGGUGUGAAGCAGUCCGAGUACUCGCUUUCCCAGGAUGCCGUGGGGCCGUUUGUUCUAUCAGGAUACAGCGGAUAUAAACAGGUUCAGGUUCCCCGCGGUCGACUCUUCGCUUUCGACUCUGAGGGUCAACAUGUGCUGACCUGCUCCAGCACUGGAGGAAACAUCUACAGGCUGAAUAAAGCCGAAGCGGGUCUGGAGAGUGUUUUAUCUCUGGCUGGUCAUAAAGCUCCAGUGGUGACGGUGGACUGGUGCUCAGCCAUGGACUGCGGGACCUGCCUUACUGCAUCCAUGGAUGGAAAGAUUAAACUCAGCACGCUGCUCGCCCAGAAACCCUGAGCUCUGGAAAUAUAGAAGUAUAGUGGAGGUCAAAUUGAGCUAUUUAGAGCCCAUGAGGAAGAAGAUAAUGAAGAUGAUGAUGCUGUGAUUUAAAGGGACAGUUCACCCUUUACUUUCCGCUUACUCACUUGUUUUUUCUGUUGAAAAGAAAAGAAGAUAUUUUGAAAAAUGUAACACUUUACAAUAAGGUUGUAUUAGUUCAUGCAUUUACUAACAACAACAAACAAUGAUCAAUACAUUUAUUACAGUAUUUGUUCGUGUCAGUUGAUGAUAAUACAUUCAUUUAUUGUUAUUAAUCUUAGCUCUCAAUAUUAAAAUGUCAAUAAUGCAUUAGUAAAUGUUGAACUGGGAUUAAUAAAUGCUCAAUAAAUAA